AUGAAACGGGUCGGAAGUUGGGCCACGGUGUCAUGGCAACCUGGCCGGCCAGCGCCUGUACCUCUCGCGGCGGAGUGUGAGCGUGGCCACGGGGAGAUGGGUACCGGUGAAUGGGAGGGGAGAGUUGAAUGCAACAAUCUCGUAAGAAAGGGACUACCGAUGGCGGCCUACCUUAAGAUUCCGCCGAGUGUGACUGCCGGAGGACGCCAUUGCAGAUGA